GUGGGGCGCGAGCUCGUACUGUCACGCGCAGAUAGCUCGUCUAGGGCUGUGGGAGAACAGAGAGCAACUGUGCGUUGCGUCUCCAGCAGAUAUAAAAUAAAACAGGGUCGUGAUUAACGAGUCAUCUAACUUCAGUUUUUACAAAAAAGGGCAAAGCUAGAAGUUGUUAAAUGAGUAGUGUAAAUAAAAAGACAACAGUUAGUUGAACAGCUGACGGGACAGACCCACCACGCUGGCAGCCCGCUGUGCUUGACACCGGACCGUUAACAUUAAUUCAUCCGAACCGCUGGAUUACACUGCCUAAAACCUGCAAAGGACUCUUAGACCACCCUGAAAGUGUUUUUUCCUUAAGUAAGUAGUUUAUUGUACACAUUUUUGCAAGAUGUUCAGCUGGGCGAAUAAGGACGGGAAGAAAAAGGAUCCCGAACUGUUUCAGACGGUUUCUGACGGGCUCAAGCGACUCUACCGGACCAAAUUAUUUCCACUGGAAGACACGUACCGCUUUCACGACUUUCACUCUCCGGCUUUGGAAGAUGCUGAUUUCGAUAACAAGCCCAUGGUGCUUUUAGUGGGCCAGUACUCCACGGGGAAAACCACUUUUAUUCGGCAUCUCAUGGAGCAGGAUUUCCCCGGGAUGCGCAUAGGCCCUGAACCGACCACCGAUUCAUUCAUAGCGGUCAUGCACGGGGAACAAGAGGGUCUCAUCCCAGGCAAUGCUUUAGUGGUUGACCCCAAGAAGCCCUUCAGAAAACUCAACGCCUUUGGAAACGCCUUUCUGAACAGAUUUAUAUGUGCUCAGAUGCCAAAUCCAGUGUUGGACAGCAUCAGCAUCAUAGACACUCCUGGAAUCCUGUCCGGAGAGAAACAGCGGAUCAGCAGAGGUUAUGACUUUGCUGCAGUGCUCGAAUGGUUUGCUGAACGUGUGGACCGUAUCAUUCUUCUCUUUGAUGCACACAAGUUGGACAUCUCAGAUGAGUUCUCUGAGGUGAUCCGAGCUCUGAAAAACCAUGAGGACAAAAUGCGGGUGGUGCUCAACAAAGCUGAUCAGAUCGGGACCCAGCAGCUCAUGCGGGUGUAUGGCGCCCUCAUGUGGUCGCUUGGAAAAAUCGUCAACACCCCAGAGGUCAUCCGUGUCUACAUUGGCUCUUUCUGGGCUCAGCCUCUCCUGGUUCCUGAUAACAGGAAACUGUUUGAGGCAGAGGAGCAAGACCUUUUCCGUGACAUCCAAGGGCUUCCACGAAAUGCAGCUUUGCGCAAGCUGAACGACCUUAUCAAACGAGCCCGUCUAGCCAAAGUUCAUGCCUACAUCAUCAGUUCUUUGAAGAAAGAAAUGCCAAAUGUUUUUGGGAAAGAGAAUAAGAAAAAGGAGCUCAUUGCCAACCUGGGUGAAAUCUAUGCAAAGAUUGAAAAAGAGCAUCAGAUCUCCCCUGGUGAUUUCCCUAAACUCAGUAAAAUGCAGGAAGUCCUCGCUGGUCAAGACUUCACUAAGUUUCAGGGACUGAAGCCCAAGCUGCUGGAAGCAGUGGAGGAUAUGCUAGCCAAUGAUAUUGCCAAACUCAUGACCCUCGUGCGGCAGGAGGAGGCUGCCAUGCCCAGCCAGGCUGUCCAGGGUGGUGCCUUUGACGGCACCAUGAAUGGACCCUUCGGGCACGGCUAUGGAGAGGGUGCUAGUGAAGGCAUUGAUGAGCUGGAGUGGAUAGUGGCGAGAGACAAGCCAACUUACGACGAGAUCUUCUACACCCUGUCGCCUGUCAACGGGAAGGUCUCAGGUGCUAUGGCCAAGAAGGAGAUGGUCAAAUCCAAGCUGCCCAACAAUGUUCUAGGAAAGAUCUGGAAGCUUGCUGAUGUGGAUAAGGAUGGGUACCUAGACGACGAAGAGUUUGCCCUAGCUAACCACCUCAUCAAGGUUAAACUGGAAGGUCACGAAUUACCCGCUGACCUUCCUGAUCACCUUGUGCCUCCUUCUAAACGAGGACUGUAAACAAUUUGGGAAAACAAAUAUUAUCAUUGAGCCAAUCUUUAUAGAGGUUAUGGAUAUGGGUGAAUGGGGGGAGGGUCUGGAAAUAUAAAAAUAUAUAAACAGAAUUUAUGAUAUAAUUAAACAAUAUGCAUUAGCUGCGGGAAUAGAGCCAAAUAGCUUUUAAUUUAUCCAGCACUACAGUUUGUCGUCUCACUAUUGUGAUGUUCAUUGUUCUUCUUAGACCAGUAGCAACCUAAUCAAAUCAAAAAAGUAUGAAUAAACUAGACAGCAUCCUGUUAUCGUAUUCUUCAAAUGCUUGAUGUAGCCAAAUUCUGUUUAAGCAAGUACGAUGGUGUGCUGGCGGAGAGAUGAGUUCAUUAUGACCAAACUAUAGGCUGUAUUAGAAAAAGGUAUUUAAUUGUUCCAUAUCUUACACCGAUGCUGCUUCGUACUUCGUACUACGUCAUGCAAGGAGAAAUGGUUCUGCUAUAUUUUUAAACUACAUUUACCUAUGCUGAUGGGUCCAUAUUAUCUGGAUCCUGGGCACAUCGGAAUUUUGAAACUUACUAUAUUGUAGUUCAUGAUUGGUCCAAUUUUGGUUUUACCUUUUGGACUUGCCAUCAUUUUAUCACUUUAAACAGAAAACAGUGCUGCAUUCUUGUAUUGUUUGUUCAUUGAUGUUGUGGUGUCAACUGUGAUGGUUCAAAAGGUUUUUUUGUGAAUUAUAACUGUUCAAAAGGAUAUGUCUAUGACAAGAUGUUCAACAGACAGAGACUCCAGUUGUAUGAUCGGUGUUUGGUUUCUGUCUGUUAUUGAGUGCCUCACCCUGCUACAAUGUCAAAAGCUUUUCUUCAAGCUUCUCUAUUAAUACUGUUCAUAUGUAUAUUUUUUUUUGGUCUAGUUUGCAAUAAAACUACCACAAACUGCA